AGCCCUUUUGCCUCAAGCCAUUCUGGCUCAGGCAGUCAGGCUGCCACACCGCAGGUUCGGCCAGCAGCCAGCCAGAAGGAGGCGCCUCCCAAACCAUGGCGGCGCUCCUUGCCACGGCCUCGCCUGCCUGGUCUGAGCUAGGCCCCGACACUGUCCGCAGCGGUGGUCGCAUCGCAUCGCAUCGCAUUGCGGCCUUCCUUGCGGUGUGCGGAGGCGCCGCCCUCUGCGCGCACGUCGCCUGGCCGGGCAUGGCGCCCACGGGGGGGGAUGUCUCCUCGCUCCUGCAGCGCGUGGAGCAGCGUGCCGGCGGGCAGCCGAAGGUCGGGAAGUUUUAUGUGGUGCAGAGUGGCGAACCCAGCGAGCAGGGCGCCUAUUGCUUCUACAGCCACACCGACGUCCGCACAAACCACAAGGUCAACCAAUUCGUGCUCUGCGCCUCCAACGGCCCCGCGACCUUCGUGUGGAACGCGGACAAAUACAUCUUCGGUGGGGAGGCUGGCGGGUGCUUGACGCGCGUCGGCAAGUCCAUCGCGGUCCAGGAUUGCCAGUUCCUCCCGUCGCAGGAGUGGAGUGCGGAGAGCAAUCAGAUUGUGGGUGGCGGUCAGCAGUACCCCCGGGUGCCCGUCGGCGAGAUGGAGUGCACGCCCAAUGGCAGGUACGAGAAGUGCUUGCCGACGACGGCACAGGAGUUCUACGUGGUGGAGAGCGGCGCACCCAGCGAGCAGGGCGCCUACUGCUUCUACAGUCACCGAGACGUCCGCAUCAACCAGAUGUUUCACGGAAUGACGCUCUGCGCCUCGAGAGGCCCCGCGGCUUUCAAGCUGAGGGCGGACAAGUACAUCGUCGGGGGGGAGACCGGCGGGUGCCUGACGCGCGUCGACGGCGAGCAGGUUGGCGGCGAGGGCAGCGGGUCGCCUGGGCACGCCAUGGAGGUGCACCCGUGCCAGUUCCUCCCGUCUCAGGAGUGGAGCGUGGAAGGCGGCAACAUCUCGGGCGGCAACCAGACCUACGGCAGGGUGGCCGUCGGCAGGAUGGAGUGCCAGCCCAAUGGAAGGUACGAGAAGUGCGUGCCAGCGGCCGCCGACGCAUGAGCACGAGCUCAGAGUAGUGACGGAGGUGUAGCAUUAGGUCGGGCAUGUCCCUCUACAGGGGGAUUUUUGACGAACAGUAUAAAAAAACAAACAAAACGUAUUCCCAAAUUGAUAUUUCUCCAGUAGAGGGACGGGCCCGACUUAAGGGUAACAAGCAGCAGCGGUGCAAAGGCGGGUUCUUUUUUAGGUAAGCUGCCGUUGUAUCCUUCUGCCGCGCGCAAAGCCCCGUGGAUCGAUUGCGCCUUCCCCUUUCCCCAUCCCGUAGCUUCGCCGACUUGUACGCACCUGCGAAUAGCUGGGUGUGCGCAUUUUGGGGCGACGACUGUAUCCGCACUGCUUGCGUUUACCUGGUUGGCGCCCGUUUGACGCGUCGGCCACCAGCUCGUUCGCAUUUGGCGCGUCGACUACUGAAAUACCGAGCCAAUGCUUGGACUUCGCCGCCUGUUUCGCACGUGGGCACAUCUCAUUCAAGACGAACAUCUCUGGAGAGAGCUCGUGAACGCGGCAUGCGCGCCCUGACGGGCUGGCAGCAGCGCGCGCACAAGGAUCCCCCAUCUCGCGUUAUUCCUCCCUUCGUGCGUCUCCCGUAUGUUUGAAUUCGUCAAUGAUGUAGCGCCUGCCGACGCGGGCGUACGGCUUCUGUCUGUCUGUCUUCGCACGUGGGAAACACGAUGCGAAGCAGCCAACAAACAAAGUUCACGCGGACCUCCGUCAGCCUAGGGUGAGGGGGGAGGUUCGAAGAGACUUCUCACCAAUUUCUCUGCCUCUGGAGGUCCGCUUCGGGCCCCAGGACCAUCAGGAAGCGAUCCAGGAUGUGCUCUGAAUCACCACUAGCCCAUCCAACAACAGGCAACAGGGUGGUUGCCUGAUGAACGUUCUUGACUUGCAACGC